CUUGUUUUUAUUCAUAUUCCUUCAUUCUAUUGCAAUUCUUUACAAUUUAUUGCAGUUUUACGUAAACGACUGCCAAGAGAGUAAAAAUUUUGCACAAAUUAUGGCUAAACAUGCAUUAAUUGGUGGUGGCAGUGGUUUUAUAGGCUCCCGGUUGUCUAAACAUUUAGCCGGCCAGGGUUAUGAGGUCACUGUAGUCUCACGUAUGCCCGGCCAAAAACGUAUUACAUGGCACCAAUUGGAAAAGGAUGGUUUGCCUGAUGGCGUAACAUCGGUAGUAAAUUUAGCCGGCCAAAAUGUUCUCGAUCCUUCACGCAGAUGGACUGCCGGAUUCAAACAAAAUGUGUGGAAUUCUCGCAUUAACUCUAGUGCAACCUUGGUCAAGGCCAUAGAAAAAUCACAGGCGGUUAAAUCGUUUGUAAACAUUUCAGGUGUUUCGCUUUACCGGCCUAAUGACAACAAAGUUUAUACGGAAGAUGAUAAAGGAGAAGAAUUUGAUUUUAUGUCUAAAUUGUGUAUAGAAUGGGAGAAGGCAGCUACUCUGCCAGAUGCUUUAACUUCUAAAACGAGAGGGGUUAAACUAAGAACUGGAGUCGUAGUAGGACGUGAAGGCGGUAUGAUACAAAACAUAUGGAUGCCUUUCUUAUUAGGUUUGGGUGGUCCCAUGGGCACUGGUAAACAAAUUUUACCCUGGAUACAUCUAGAGGAUCUCUGUCGUUUAAUACAAUACUGUCUAGAAUCGGAUAAAUGUAAUGGACCACUGAAUGCUGUAGCACCUGAAAUUGUUACUAACGGACAAUUUUCUAAGGCGUUUGCAUCUGCUCUAAGACGACCUUGCCUAUUCCCAGUACCUGCCAUCGUAGUAGAAUUGCUUUUUGGCAAGGACCGUUCAGCUUUACUGUUAACUGGUGCUAAAAUUCAACCAAAAAGAACUUUAGAAACUGGUUUCGAAUUCAAAUAUCCCACUGCCAAGUCUGCCUGCGAGGAGGUGGUGAAGAAAACAUAAGUUUGAUAGUAAUAAUGUGUUUCUUUGUUAAUUAUUAUUCAUUAUGCUUAAAGUAGAGUAUUUUAGUUGUAUUUUUUAAUUUAUUUUAAUGAAAUAUUGGCAAUAAAAUAUUUCCCAUUACGAAAAAAA